CGGCUCCGUGCCGCACGUCAGGGCUGGAUACAGUCCGGCUUUUGCUGCAUUCGCGUGACUGCUUAUUGGUCAACACAGCACGCGGUAUCUUGGACACAGCCGCGGUAAUAUUGAUGCUUCUACUAUGUAAUGAAAACGAGUCAGACGAUUCCUGCAAUUCCUGCAAUGUACCAAGACCUUUGGUUCUCCGAAAUCUUGCCGAUCAGAGUGUGAAAACGGCAAGAUCAGUCAAACGUAACCUUGAAGCCACCAUCUGCGUCGUCUUGUCAAGGAGGCAUCGGGUCAGAGCGUUAUGUUUCACCAUGGGUGUUAGUGGCUUUGAGCCUGGUCUGCCGCAGGGUGAGGCAUCUCGGGGAUAUCUCCGAGCCGUCAUCAGGGUCAUGCCCGGUGCAGCAAAGCACGGCAAAUGA